AUGGAUGCCCGUUCGGCGAUCGCUGACACAAUGCUGAUGGCGAUGUCGACAGCGAUUCACGCGGUGCCGAGAAGAUCCUCCCGGCGUCUCUCCGACUUCUCAGACAUCGCCCAUUUAACCGUUUCGUUUAACGGAAUCUCUUUGACUCCGCGACAACACAAAUUGAUCAAAAACGGUUACGAGCGUUGGCGAAGAGAAAGCGAGCAAACAGCCGGUGAAUGGACACUGGAUUAUGUGGCGAGAAGGGAUUCACAAUUGAGACUCGACUUUGAGCGUCAUCGUGAGUUAGCGAAAAUUCACGCUGCCGCUAUUACCGACGUUUUGGAUAUGGCUGUCGAAUCGGUUGAGGCGCUGGAUGACUCUCUGGGCCCUUUGCUUGUCAGUUACUCAAGUCAGAAUGGGGUCCUUGAGGAGAAAGAAUGCUUUGAUCGAAAUUAUUGGUCACGAGUCUCGGAAGCAUUGUGUCAACUAGCCAGACAGUUCCCGAUCAAAACACACAAAUGGGAUACGGUGGCCGCUUGGCGUAUCGUGAUCCUUUUCAUCGUCAACAAAAUCGACUACGGCUUUCAGUUGGAGAAAAACGGCGCCCCAUCGCUCACUCAACAACACUCAUUCGACAAUCCAGCUUAUAAAGGA